UUGAGAACUGCUGUGUUUUCUUUCAACCUUCGCAUAGUUACACCUCCAAAGCCAUUACUUGUUUGUUGUUGUUCUGGUAGCAUGGGCGUUUCUGUUCUAUGUGUAAUUUUAAUGGCACUAUUUGAACCAUCUAUGACGGGAAGCUCGGUUAGAAACGUUGAGUACAAGUUGGAUAGCUGGAUGGGAUCACUGUACCCUCACCUCAAACACAAGAAGCUAAACGAGAUAGCAAUACCUGGCACUCAUAACUCAGGGAGUUACCCAAUCUCUAUCGGAUCCCGGACUACAGGUGACAUCAUAGAUCUCAGCCAUCUCUCAGACUUCGAGGAGUCCAUUCCUGCCAUCGUGGAUCUUCUGAGUAUGGUUGGUCCACGUUGGUCAAAGUCCCAGGAGCUCUCCAUAUUCGAUCAGCUGAAGAUGGGUAUUCGUUACUUAGAUUUGAGAGUGUAUUGUGACGAGGAGACAGAUGAGUACUACUUAGAGCACUCGUUUAUAGGCUCUAAUCUGACAGAUGAGCUGUUACAUAUAGCACAGUUCGUGGAGGAGCAUACCAAAGAAGUUGUCAUACUGGACAUGAUGUCAGUACAAAACUGCAGUGAAAACAAAGUAGUCAGUCUUUUGGAGCGGUUUGGGAAGGUUUUCGGAGACAAACUCGCUCAUCUUCCUACUGCUACCAAACGAAAGAAGAAAGAAAGGAAGAAGAAUAAAAAAUCUCAUUCUUUACCUACUUACAGUCAACUCGUGAAAAAAAGAACAACCGUUUUCGUCGCGUUGAGAAAAGAAUUCAUAUCUAAACGCUUCGAUUGGCUUUGGAACAGCGACAAAUUCACGAUUUCUCCAUUUGCUAACACGGAGAGCAAAGAAAAACUAAGAAUUUUUAUCGCAGAUAAAAUGUCUGAAUCUCGAUCACCUAAAUCACUGUUUGUUUCCCAGAUCAUUUUAACCCCAACAACUCAGAACGUCUUUGCUUCAUUGUUUGGUUCUGGAGCUAAGAGUCUACAGGAAAUGGCUGUGGAUUUAAACAAAGAUUUUAUAGAUUGGGUUGAGGAUUUUAGUCAGCUGAAUCCGAACAUUUUCAUUACAGACUUUCCUGAUAGGGGGUUAGUGAAGAAGAUAAUCAACAUGAACCUUUAAACUUGUUGAAGAUUAUUGGAGUUGGACACUAGAAUAUCUUCAUUUAAACUUGUUGGAGAUUAUUGGAGUUGGACACUAGAAUCU